GCUUAUUUGCUUCUCUCUCCUCGUCGUCUAUCUCGCCAUUAUCCGCUUCCCCUCUCCUCUCCUAGUGUCCCUCCAAUUCCUCCCAAGAUUAGGAGGGACAGGAGCCCACGAUUCGGGUUUAGGAUUAGGAUUCUGGCGCGGGAAUCGAAGAGGCCACGCACUGGAGUCGCGGCCGAAUUGUUUGGGUGAGCACGCCAUGAUGGCGAACGGGAGGCUCCAGAAGCAGGCGUUGCUGCCGCCGCGGAGCCCAUUCCCUGCAGCGACGGCGGCGGCGCCGCCGCCGUAUGCCGAUCUCGGUCCGAUCGCGCGGCCGCCGGACGCGCACCAGCGGCACGGCCACCAGCGCACGUCGUCGGAGAGCUUCCUCGUCGACGAGCAGCCGUCGUGGCUCGACGACCUGCUCGACGAGCCCGAGACGCCGGCGCGGGCGCACGGCCGGCCCGGGCACCGCAGGUCGUCCAGCGACUCGUUCGCGCUCUUCGAGGGCGGCGCCUCGGCGGGCAUGUACGACAAUGUGCUCGACGGCAUGAGGGGAGGGGGGCAGGUUGCUUCUUGGACCGGCGCGCCGGAGUUCCUCCCGGAGCCGACUUCAUUUGGGCGGCAGCAGGGCAGGCCGUGGGAGUCCAGGCGGAUGUACCGGCAGGGUGGUGGCAUGCCGAUGCCGACGAGGGAGAAGAAUGGCGGGUGUCAUGGUCUGUCGAGCGCAUUUGGUGACCAUGAGCAUGGUCCUGUGCCGAAUGGGGUUGAUAGGAAAGGCCAUGGUGAUGCAGCUCUUGAACAGAGGGUUGAAGCAGAGAGAAAGGAGGGUGUGCAUCUAAGGCACUCGCAGUCGGAGGCGGACACCAAGCGAGCUAAACAGCAAUACGCUCAGCGGUCUCGUGUCCGGAAGCUUCAGUAUAUUGCAGAGCUCGAAAGAAGAGUUCAAUCUUUACAGACAGAGGGGAUAGAAGUUUCUGCUGAAAUGGAUUUUCUUGGUCAGCAAAAUAUCAUGUUAGACUUGGAGAAUAAAACCUUGAAACAGCGACUUGAGAGUCUAUCUCAGGAGCAUCUUAUUAAACGUUAUCAGCAGGAGAUGUAUGAGCGGGAAAUUGGUCGUCUUAGAUCAUUGUUCCAGCAACAGCAACAGCCGCAGCAGCAACAGCAACAGCACGUACCGCAGCAGCAGGCUUCUACCCACAGACGCAGUAACAGCAGAGACAUCGAUUCACAAUUUGCAAACCUGUCUCUGAAACACAGUGAUCCCAGCUCAGGACAUGAUGCUGUCUCUGGCCUUCACAUUUAAGAUUCAAUUUUCCAGCUUUUGGUUCUCUGAGCUUCGCAUAGCUUGCUGCCCCCUGUUACACUACUCUUUGUGGUAGUUGCAUCAAGAGUGGAGCAGCACCGGUGAACCUGGAAUCACAUCGGUGAAUAAAGCUGGAAAAGAUAAUAACCGUGGAUCUGGUCUUUAGUUCUUUUGGAAUGUGCACCUGACGGUCAUCCUUUGCUCAUGUCCAUUGUUGAUGCUUGACCAGUCGGAGGUGUUUAGGGUCUACUUGCAGAUUGAUCUCGUUCAUGUAUCCUUGUAUCAGUUUGAUCCUUGUAUCAGUUUGAUGUUAGAACACUAAGGUUCUAAUUCAUUCCUUUAGCCAUGUUCUCUUGAAAUGCACACGCCAUGUGGUGCUUGUAUUAGUUAGUUUAUGCACAUGAAUGGAAUGUGAGCAGGUCCUCUUUAGGUUAGGCCACAUCCUGGAGAACUGAUGUGCUGUGUCAGCAUGUUCAAUAAGCUACUGCAGUUGAAGUGUUGGUGUAGUUCAGUUUUCAUUUCAUUUGUGUUCUUAAGAACAUGAUAUUGGAAUACUCUCAGUUUUCUGAUAUAAUGGGGCCGCGUAUGUGUUUAGUA